GCCAGAAUCGAGCGGAGCACAGAUCUGAAAAGUGUUGAGCUCUGUUCUGACUCUCUUUUCAAGAAGUUUCUGUUGAUGGCGUGUUGGUGCAAGCCGGCUUAUCCCUGCUACUGUCCGAUCCCAAGGAGACUUCACUGAGAAGCCUUGGGGCUGUGCUGAAAAACAGUUGUAUUAGUUUUCUUAUUUAUAAGAGGAGCAGCAAUCUGCAGGGCAGCGGUGGCUUAUUUUGAUCGUAGCCAGCCUUAGUUUCACAAGGGGUUCUUCCCCCUGCUGAAUUGUGCGGGGGCCAUUGGGAGCACCAGGAAGAGAUGAGGGUCCUCCAAAAAAGGACUAAGUGCCCUACAAAUACCAACAUCUCUUGCAAGAAGGAAUCUCUCUCUCUGUCUUUCAAGAGUGUUAAUCAUCCGCAACCGCUGCCUGGCAGCAUGGAAGCGAGGGGCGCCGGUCUGAAAACUUAUGCUGAGCAGCAAAGGAGCAAGAAGAAGGCCUGUUCCUCACGCUGCUUGCUGAGAAAAGAAGAGAUUCAGGGAAGAGAACCCGUGUGCCAUGAAGGAGGUGUGGUACAGUUUGAAGACGCACUUCACCCAAGCUGUCUUGGACAGGCUUGGAGGCAACAACCACUGGAGUCCAGCAAUGGGAAACCAUCAAAGGAAGAACAAUCCAAGGCUCACUUCCGAGAAUCCAGCUUAGCCACAAGCUGUCUUCCCAACGUGUUACUGGAUGAGUUGCUGAUGGAGGUUCUCCGAGAUUUGUCCUCUGAUGUCUUCAGAAGUGCUGUGAAGGAUUUUGUUGAUGACUGUUUAGGCAGGGCUGCCAUUUUUGACAGCAUGGAUGAAAUCGUGACGGAGGUGAUUCAGACGAUCUUGCCGCCAUUACCUCGAGAGACUGUGCAAGAGAUGCACUGUGAGGAUAUUCUCGAAGGGAUCAUUUCACAUGUCAUUGUGGAGGACACCACAGCAUUAGCUCACUUGGUCCUUGGUGAAUAUGAUGCCAAGCUGAUUAAACUGCAGCAACACCAGGUUACAGCUUUUGCGAGUAAACAGCUUAUUGACAUAUUUCUUCUGGAGCACUUGAUAGGAACGAUUAGUAUGCACGACCCAGGGUUUUCGGGGAAGGAGCACUCAAGCGUGGUUUUGGCAAGCUGGAUGUUUGAUAUUCUCAUCAGGCAGUUUUUAAGCAUUCAGGAGGUGCAGCAAACUACCUUGGAAAAAGUUCCCCUGGGAGAUUUCCAUCGGAAAGCUUUUACAGAGGUGGCUUUAGAUGUUAUCUUGACCGAACUGAACAAACUGGCAGAGGAAGACAUGGAAGAUCUACUCCGCUAUGAAAGAGGAGUCAAGGCAGAGGCUUUAGAUGUUAUCUUGACCGAACUGAACAAACUGGCAGAGGAAGACAUGGAAGAUCUACUCCGCUAUGAAAGAGGAGUCAAGGCAGAGGUGUGA